CACAUUGUAUUCAAAGACAACAAUCUACCUUUAAUUCUCAACAUUAUAUACCAUGCCGCUGCUGCGCGCUCGCUUAUAGCCGAACCAUGGCUUUUAGUGAAUCGAUAUAUCAAAGUGCCCAUUAUCCAACAACAACAAAGCCAACAAGCACAUCGACCUGUUUUGGCGGCAGCCAACUUGGCGACCGAUGCAUUGAGAGCAGUGGGUGCGAUGCAUGCCGCACUCGGCUUGUUGGCGGCUUUGGCGCUCAAAGAACGGCAUAUUCGAGCUGAACGAUCUGCUUUAUUGAUUCUGACGCUGGCGUCGCUCGGUCAAACAUGGGCUCAUGGUCGGGCCUACUGGACGAACUCGAAAUAUUCUUUGCGUGCGUUACAAGAAGUGGGGUCUUUGGAUAGUUUGGUGUUUGUCGUGAGUAGUAUUGCAUUGGUCAAAACUGUACGACGCACAGGUCGUCUAUUGUAG